AUGCGUAUCGCUAUACUUGGCAUAAACAAGUUAGGAUUCAUAGAUGGAAAAUGCAGGAAGGAAAACUUUGGCCCUAAUCUGACUGAUUUGUGGGAGCGCAGUAAUGCGAUAGUUCUUUCAUGGAUAAUGAAUUCUGUUCCGAAAGAAUUGUUGAGUGGAAUUGUGUAUUCCUUUGAUGCUUUUGCAGGAACUAGUAGUAUCUCUAAGUAUUUCACUAGAUUACGGUUGCAUUGGGCAGAGUUUGAUAGCUUGGCUCCAUUUCCUGAUUGCAACUAUGUAGGAUCUCGAGGAUUCAUGGAGUUAAUGAACAUACAGAAGUUGUUGCAAUUUUUGAUGGGACUCAAUGAGUCUUGUGGCCAUAUUCUGAUGCUUAUUCUGAUUCCCUCUGUGAAUCGGGCAUACUCCAUGAUGAUCGAGAGAGAGAGCCAAAGGAACAUUACAAAUAUUGCUAGUCCAGCCAUGAACAUGGAGAUAGCAACUUUUUCUUCUGGGAGGGGCACACACAACAACAAACCCAAGAAGAAUUGA